AGGGGUUAAUAUUGACAGUAUCAUAGACUGUUUUCACGCAUGGUUCAGGUACUCUGUGAAACGAUACAAUGCAAUCCCCCCUAGGUUUCUUUCUGACACGCGAACUUGACCUACUGACUCACCCACGAGGUCUGAGAAGCAUCAACAUACUUCUUAUCAGUCAACCAGAAGAUACUUGACGUGCAGACGACUCCACGUAGCUGAUUAUCGAUGAAAAUCUGUACUCGUGGUCGCCUUUUGCUACGUACAAAACGAUGGUCUAGUCAACGUCUAUCUUUCUCAAUGGAUCGCCAAUCACAGACAUCCAAACGUGUUUUGUGUCCCCUCUAUCUUGGCAGACUGCUUUCCGCUUUUAUCUUGCCAAUAUUCAUACUGCGGUGCUUCGAUUCACAACAGGGGAAUCACUUGGUAUUGUUGUAAAGACGACGAAUGUCCGAAACGACGCGCGAUGUCAGCUGCUAUCACUGUCUGACCGGGUUUCAUAAUUGUAUCCACGAAUACUCUGGGAUCACAGCUAUGCUGCCUUGGGCUCCUUUUUAUGACGCUAUCUGAUAGAUAUGUUGGUACUGUGCGAAUAAAGGGCAAGGAUUGAAGAGUGGUCGUACGUUUUGUGAGAUACGAGGGCCAUAAAGGCAUGAAGGCUGUAUUUGCGCCUGCUUGUGUGAGAUUGGAAAGCGUGCC